AUGGCGACCUUUUCUCGAUUUCAGCGCACGUUUGGACGGUAUAGACCACCACCAAUACUACCUACUACUAUUCGGACCAUUCAAAUAUUAGCGACACUUCACUUGAUCUCCACAACCCUCAUCGAGCUUCGGAUAUGUACAGGAUUUUCUAUGCUUCCUACGUUAUCUCAACAUGGGGAUUGUGUGCUGGUAUCGCCGUUACCAUAUUGGUCACCUUUCACUGAGAAACAUAAGGAGCGAAGACCUAAAAGGGGUGAUGUGGUAGUUGCUACUUCACCAAUGGAUCCGCAUCAAACAGUAUGUAAGAGAAUAUUGGGUAUAGAAGGUGAUAUGAUUGAGAUCGAACCUAGAAGAGGUGGACAAAGAAAAUGGAUAGACAAUUCAGGUACAGGCUAUAUGGUUGAUAUACCGAAUUCAGAUGAUAUAGAAUUACAAGGUCAUAAUCCAGAUGAACAUAUUUCACAUUCGUAUAAUAGUAAAAAUGGUUUAUCGAUAAAAAGGAAUGGUGAAGGUCAAUGGAUCAAGAUUCCAAAAGGUCACGUUUGGUUAGUGGGUGAUAACCUGAGUAAUUCAACUGAUUCGAGGAAAUAUGGUCCGGUACCAAUCGCAAUGGUCAAAGGCAAGGUUUUAGCUAGAAUCUACCCUAAUCCUACUUGGCUAGAGAACAACGUCAAACACAUCGAAGCAGAUGUAUGA